UUUGCAAAAUUUAUAGGCUGCUGUUUGAUAGGCUGCUAUUUGAUGUUGCCUGUGAACGUACUAGUGAAUCUGGCAGAUACUUCACAAAAUUGUAUCUAGUUGACAGAUUGAAUUGCAUUCUAAUAAAACUGAUUACAUUGUAGUUGAAAAAUGUCCGACGAGUUAGAUUUGGUUUCUUACAUAUCGGAGGAAAACAAAAAAAGAAAGAGGAGAAGGAUUGUGUUGAUCAAACAAUACAUUGAAUCGGCUCUUCUUGCAAUGGCAUAUCUGACUACGCAAAGGGGGCCGAGGGACUUAGGGAGCUUUACUGAUGAUGAGCAUAAACACACUCUUAGAAAGUAUUUGUUGAAAGAUAUGUAUGAUGGGACCGAAGUUGCAUGCUAUGAUCAGCUUCGGCUAACAAAAAGAAAUUUUCACGAUUUGUGCGCUAUGUUGCGUGAGAAGUGUGGUUUACGUGACAGCGUGUAUGUGACCGUUGAAGAAAAGGUUGCCAUGUUCUUGCUUGUUGUUGGUCAUGGUUUGAAAAUGAGGUUGUUGCGAGGUCAGUACAAGAGGUCUUUAUGGACUAUUAGUUCCCACUUUUCUUCUGUGUUGACGGCUAUUUUAUCUCUCCAUGGGGAGUUCGUUAAGCUGCCUGAUCCUUCCGUUCAACCUCCCAACGAUUACAAAUGGAAGUGGUUUGGCAAUGCAGUUGGAGCAUUAGAUGGUUGCCAUAUUGAUGUUUGUGUUAAUGUGGCUGACCAAGGACGGUACAGAAAUAGAAAACAAGCUAUCACCACUAAUGUACUCGGUGUAGUUGACUGGAACAUGAAAUUUUUGUAUGCCUUGCCUGGCUGGGAGGGGUCGGCUUCUGACUCAAGAGUCCUAAAAGACGCAAUGAGAACAACUCGCCAAGAUUCAUUUGUUGUUCCUACUGGAAAAUAUUACUUAGCCGAUGCUGGUUACACCAAUGGACCUGGAUUUCUUACUCCAUUCAGAUCCACUCGGUAUCACUUGAAAGAAUGGGCAGCAAGUGCACAAAAACCAAAAACACCGGAGGAGUUGUAUAACUUGCGUCACUCUCGUGCUAGAAAUGUAGUAGAGAGAACUUUUGGGUUGUGGAAGAAAAAGUGGGCUAUCUUACGUUCUCCAAGCUUCUUUAACAUUGAGGACCAGAUUCGAAUUAUUAGUGCGUGUGUUGUGUUGCACAACUAUACAAGGGAUAGACAGUACAUGAUGGAUGACCUAUUGUUGGAGGAAGUGGAUAAUGAACUAGCAGCUCAGCCAAUUGAGGCUGAAGAUGGUGCCGGUUAUAUUAGAACUGUUUGGGUCACUAAUGCAUGGAAGAAUUUUAGGAAGCAGUUGGCGGAUGACAUGUUUGCUGAUUACCUUGUUGCCGAUGCAGAACUAGAGAUGUAGUAGGAUGAGUGUGCUAGCUAGCUGAUGUUUUUUUUUGUGUUCUAUUUGCUAUCGGAAGUAACACGUGGAUAUUAGAUAGUGCCUUUUGGAUAUUUUGUGAUCGUUACUACAUAUUAUGUAUACCUACUUUUUUUAGCUUCUGGUGUUAACAUAUUAUGUGUACCUACUUUUUUUUUACUUAUGUAGGUCCAUGGAGGAAGCUAACAAAAAGAAGUUUAGCAGGAAUUACGUGCAAUGGACUCCGGAGAUGGACCGUGCUUUGUUGGACACGCUUAUUGAGCAUCACGAGAAGGGUGAUCGUGCCCAAAAUGGAUGGAAGUCACAUGUGUACCGUAAUGCUAUCAAGAAUGUUCGCGAGAAGUGUGGGGUGGAUGUGACAAAGGAGAAAAUCGUAUCAAGGUGCAAAACUUUUGACAAGCACUAUGAGAUUGUUAGUAAAAUUCUUGCUCAGAGUGGGUUUGGAUGGGAUUGGGAAAGGAAUGUCUUAUUGCUUGAUAGUGAUGAAGUGUGGGACAGAUAUGUGGAGGCUAACGAAAAAGCAGCUAUAUAUAAAAACAAGGUCAUCCACAAUUGGAAUGAGAUAUGUACCAUUUACUCAAAGGACCAUGCCAACGGUCAUGGUGCUAGGACAGGUGCUGAGACCGCAAAUAACACUGAGACUGAGGUGGUAGCACCAGAUCGAGAAACCAAUAAUAUCUCCCCUGAUUUACCUGGUCCAACACCAAAGAGGCCACGUACAGGUGAAGCAAUUUUGUGCAUGCUAGGAAAUAUGACGACGUCUUUCAGUGAAGCAAUCAAGUCUACCGAGCCAUUACCAAUGCCCGAGGUUACUCCUCCUUCUACGAUACUUGCUGCAUUAGAAGACAUACCUGACUUCUCUAAAACGGACAAGCUGAGAGCUUAUGGGAAGCUAGUCCGUACUGAGCGAUUAUUCCAUGCACUUAUGGAGCUUCCCCUGGAGUAUAGGAAGGAAUGGUUGCAGAUGCUGGACUGAUUCGUAUCAAAUGCGUUUUGUAUCGUAAGAACUUAAUAUUGCAUAUGAGACUAUGUAUUGUGUAUGGUUGGGACUUGGUGUUAUCUUCUCGUUAUUGUUUAGGAUGGAACGUGGUAUUAUGUUUCUAUCAAUCUAUUUGGACAAAA